AUGUCAGAAGUUUCAAAGUGGCCAGCUAUCAACCCAUUCCAUUGGGGGUACAACGGUACUGUUUCACAUGUCGUCGGUGAAAAUGGUUCCAUGAAACUAGGUUUAAAAGACAACGACGAUCAAGUUGAGUUUGAUGAGUUUGUUAACAAGUACGUCCCCAUUUUGAAGAAUGGUGCUCACUUCAACCUGAGUCCUUACUUGUUCACAGGUAUUUUACAGACUCUAUACUUAAACGCCGCUGAUUUUUCUAAGAAAUUUCCUGUUUUCUAUGGCAGAGAAAUUGUUAAAUUUUCCGAUAAUGGGGUUUGUACAGCUGACUGGGUCAUGAACUCCUGGAAAAAGGAAUACAAAUUCGAUCAAAUCACGAGAAAAUUUGAUACGAAGAAAUUUGGUAACGACGAAAAGGCGACGCACCCAGAAGGAUGGCCUCGUUUACAACCGCGUACGAGAUAUCUGAGGGACGAUGAAUUGAAAGAUCUGGGGGAGGUCGAUCUUCCUCUAGUCGUCAUUUUACAUGGUCUUGCCGGUGGUAGCCAUGAACCCAUCAUAAGAUCUCUAGCUGAGGGCCUGUCUCGGGAUGGGAGAUUCGAAGUCGUGAUACUAAACACCAGAGGUUGCGCACGCUCUAAAAUCACAACCAAAAUCUUAUUCACAGCUUACCAUACAAUAGAUCUUCGUGAAUUUUUGCAAAGAGAAAAACAAAGACAUCCAAACAGAAAGCUAUAUGCAGUAGGUUGCUCUUUUGGUGCUACAAUGUUGGGAAACUAUCUGGGCGAAGAAGGCGAUAAGUCUCCUUUAUCUGCUGCGGUCACCUUGUGUAAUCCAUGGGAUCUUCUCCUUUCGGCGGUUAGAAUGAACGAAGAUUGGUGGUCCAAGACUUUAUUUUCCAAAAAUAUUGCCCAGUUUUUGACAAGGACUGUUCAAGUUAACAUGGGCGAACUAGGUGUUCCAAAUGGUUCUCGUCCCGACCAUCCUCCUACAGUCAAAAAUCCAUCUUAUUAUAUGUUCACACCUGACAAUUUAGUGAAGGCAAAGCGUUUUAAAUCGAGUCUAGAGUUCGAUGAGGUGUUUACUGCACCAGCUUUAGGUUUUCCAAAUGCUAUGGAGUAUUAUAACGCAGCAAGUUCAAUAAACAGAGUUGAUACUAUUAGGGUUCCUACUUUAGUGAUCAAUUCCAGAGAUGAUCCUGUUGUCGGCCCAGACCAACCUUAUUCAAUUGUCGAGAAAAAUCCUCGUAUUCUGUAUUGCAGAACCGACUUAGGGGGUCACCUAGCGUAUUUGGAUAAUGACAAUAACUCAUGGGCUACCAAGGCGAUUGCUGAGUUCUUGACCAAAUUCGACGAGUUAGUUGUAUGA